GCUGCCUUGUCAUCAUCGUUUUUUGUUAAUUCGGUAGUUAGCGUGUCUGGGGUAUACUAAUUACUUAGCAGAAAAUAAAAUCUGUUGAAACAUUUCAUAUUCUACACCUUUCACGAAAUUGAAAAGUUAAUACCGAUUUAGAAAACGCGUGUGAUAAAGUGUAAAAAUAGUAUGGACCACUGGUCUUGUGGUAAAAAGAAGCCAGUGGAAAAAAUAAAUAUCUGUCAUCGUAUUUUUUUCAAUAUUUUGCUCUCAUAAGCCACGCAAUUUUCAACGUAGUAGUUUUGUCAUAACGAUAUUUUGUAUAAAAAGUUUAAAAAGCAAAUAGAAAUACGAGACUUGUUGGUAAUUAAGUAAACGAACUGAAAAAAAUCUCACACGAAGAUGAAAAUCGUGCCAAUAGGUUUUCUAAAUUUUUUUUUCAUAUAAAAUUAAACAAAACUUCAUCACAUCAAGUGCCUUAAAUGGAAAUAACUAUACUCUAUUUAAAACAAUCCGCAACUCAAAAUUACAGAAAAUAAGGCUUUAGUAAGAAUAUAACAGUAGCAAACAGCGGUAACAACGAUAAAAUUAUAUAUAAAUUAAAGUAGCAAUAGUCGCAAAAAAGUAGAAUAAGAUUACGAAACUACGACACUGUGUACGGUUUAUGCCUUAUUUAUUGUAUGUUCUCAUAACUUAAAACAAAAGCAACAAAGAUAGUACCCAAAUUAAAAGAUAAAAUACCGUUUGUUGAAAGACGGGAAUUCUGUGAUAAACAGUGUUUCUAAAAUUGCCUUAAUAUAAAAAACGGAGGAACACAUGAUAUAGAAUAAUUAUAAAAAUAAAUAAAUAUUAUCCAAUCAUUACAAAAUAGUGCUUCCUUCGUUUGUCGUAGCAAAAAUCGUGAAGUGAAAAUUUUCGUUUCGGAGUAAUAAUUAAGCCGAAAUAUACUCCAAGAAAUCGUAAUAUUUUUAAACAAAAAAAAAUUUGUUUCUCAUUUAAAAUCUUGAGAUUGUGAAUAAAUCAAAUUACCUGCUGCUACAGACAAACACAUAAGGUGUUGAGAAACACGUUACCGCUUCUUCUCUAACUGCCAUCAUGGAUUCGCAGGGUUAUGAAAAUGCACGUAACAUGACACUGCUCUUUUUCCUUGAGCGUCUCAUGGACAAGGGUGAGGCGCGUACCGUUCACGACUUAUCCUGUCAGUUUGGUAAUAAGGAGUUCACUAAGGAAAUGCGUCAGAUUGCGGGCGGUAGUCAAUCGGGUUUGAAAAAAUUACUCGCUCAGCAUCCGUCAAUAUUUCUUGUGGACGGUGACUAUGUAAAGGUGAAUACUUAUCAGCACGCUUCUGAGGACGAAAGCGGAUUUGGCGGUCGACGUGAUUACAUUAAAGAGGCUAAAGACUACUUCAAAAACAAAAUGCUGCAGUAUGGCGUCGGUGUGGAGGUCCCAGUGCGUAGUCUAUUGGGCCAUCGUUCGCAAGCGUCACCACAGGUGCGGCAUAUAUCAGGUCAGCAUAUAAAGGAAUUCACCGAAUUUUUGCAAAAGCAUACGGACACGUUUAAAGUGGUAGACGAUCAUGUGAUGCUUGUGGGAUGCGAAGAUAUGACCGAUUUGCCGGCACAAGAGCGUCUUCAUUUGCCGCAGAGUAAUAUCGAUACGAAAGCUACUCAGCAGAUGUUGGAUUUCUUUGCGCAAUGCAUCGAGACGAAAGGCCCCAUUUUGGUGGAUCAACUAUUUCAUUUAUUGACGGCGCGCUUUCCACAAGAGCAAUGGUUGCGCAUGUUCAAAACGCCCAACGAUCUCUCAACCUUUCUUAAGCUCUUCUCUGAUUGUUUUCACAUACAAGCAAAUCUAGUCACACUGCUGCAGAAGCCCAAAUUGAGCGACUCCUAUAUACAGCAAGCGCAAGCGCGUUCGCGCGAACAAUACAACUCAAUGAACAACAACAUUAACAACAUGGCCGAGAAGAACCAGUCGCCACCACCGACACAGCCGGCCUUGAGCGCCGUACAACAACGUUUGCAAUCGCCAGCAUUGCGUAGCUUUGCCAAUAACAAUAACAUAAGCGCUUCAUCGCCACAAAGCCCGAAUCUAAACAACUUAAGCAACAACAACAAUAAUUACAGCAUUACAUCACCGAAUUUUAAGCUAAAUGCGCCAGUAUCCAACAUUUCCAGUCCGUCGGCUGCGUCGGUGGCAGAGAAUUCGGCGCAGUCACGUUCAGAACCCAACUCGGGCUUUGACAGUUUCAUACAGAUGACAGACGUACAUCUAGACAACCUCUGUGAGCGCAAUUGUCCUAGCCCAAACACUUGCUCGUCUUACGGUCAAUCUGGCAACAAUACUCCAGCGCCUGUGAACGGUCAAAGCAAUCUGAAUUUACUACAAAACGUCGCCAUACCCACACAGGUGCCUACCGAGCGUCCCAACAGUCUUAACCAGACGUUAAAGCAACGUGUUAAUAAUUUGGUAAUACGCACAUUGGCCGAGAAUUAUGAAAAAGACAAACAAUCACUGGCUAAUCAAGUGGGCAGUGCUCCCGUUGGUUACAACCCACAAAACUCUUCCACGCAUUCAAGUCCUGUGCAUUCCAAUAAUAUCAACGCCACCAAUUCCAAUCCCACUGCUACAGUCAACACGAAUAAUGCACAGCAUUCUCCUAGUCACAAUUACUUUGUCGGCGACACCUGGAAGAUCAAGGUGCUGCAGAACACCACAGUUAUUGCGAACGUGAAACAUUCCAUGUUUGUCACAGAAGCUAUGUUGAAGUUUGCGCAGAGCAACCAGAGCAUAGUCAUAUCUUUGGACUGUGAAGGCAUCAAUUUGGGAUUGAAGGGCGAAAUCACACUCAUCGAGAUAGGUACAACUCGUGGGGAAGCUUUCAUCUUCGAUGUCCGCACAUGCCCUGAAAUCAUCAGCGACGGUGGCCUGAAGACAUUGUUAGAGCAUGAAAAUGUCAUCAAAGUCAUACAUGAUUGCCGCAAUAAUGCUGCGAAUUUAUACCAGCAAUUUGGUAUACUCUUGCGUAAUGUCUUCGACACGCAGGCAGCGUAUGCUACUGUGCAGUACCAGGAGACAGGCAAACAGGUAUACAAGGCGAAAUACAUCUCAUUGAACACACUAUGCGAGCAGUACAAUGCGCCUAUCAAUCCAAUCAAGGAACAACUCAAGCAGAUUUACCGUCGGGAUCAAAAGUAUUGGUCCAAGCGACCACUAUCACGGGAUAUGCUACUUUAUGCGGCCGGUGAUGUGUUGGUAUUAAUAAACGAUCAGCUCUAUGGCAGCCUAGCAAGACAAAUAAAACCGGAAAAUCGACAGUUAUUCUCUGAGCUCUGCACCGAACAAAUACUAAUACAAAUCAAACCCAAUGAGGUGAAAAUACGGAAGAAACAACGUAAAGUAACCACCGAGGUCGCUGAUCUCAAACAAAAACUGGAGCAGUCUAACAAAAGUAUAGUGCUGUCGAAUCGUGAAAUUCGCUUAUUACGCUACAUGGACCUGACUGAGGAGGAAAAAGACCGUCUAAAGCGUAACAACAAUAAAGUCGCAAAGAAAUUCGAGAAAAUGGAAUCGGCGGGCAAUCAAACUAGAGAUCAAAGUGAUUCAGAGGAUGAGCAAGAACCCAUUGAAAAUGAUAACUUCCCAAGUCUCGACUCAGUGCCAUCAGAUAACUCAUUAACGGGUACAUUUUCACCACGCUUCAACUCUGAACCACCCAGCUUGGCUGAGUCAAUGCAAAUGAUGGAUGAAAUUUUGUCCGAUCAGUCAAUGGAUCGUGUUGUGAAAUUGGAUAAGCUAGAAGCGAUAUUGUCAGCUGUUACGCAAAUGCCAAAUGAUCAAAUUAUAACUUCCAAUGCGAUACAGGAUCAAUUGGGCUCCAGCAUAUCAGCCACCGACAGCGUGCAAAUUAUACGUGAAAAAGUCAAAAAUGCUAAAAACUGCAGUUGCAAUUGUGAACGUAGCACUACACCAACAAUGCGCAUAAGUAACAAUGAAAAGAAGACUGUGAAGUUGGUCGACGCUGCAUCUCAAACUCUUAGCACUGGCGACAUCGUCAUUACAAAGAUAUUCUUCCAAGAUGAACAAGGAAAACCGAAGGAGAAAGUGUUGACUUCAUCCCCAAAACGCCUCGCGGCAUCACCGAUUACCCAGUCAACAGCGACGGCCACAGCAUCAUCGUGAACUAAGGACUUCGUAGAGUAAUGAGCUCAGCUUUGUUUUACACAAAUCAUUUGGCAAAUGUAAAAAUGGCAGCUAUGUAAACUAAGUAGUAAAACUAUUUUGGGCAAUAUCUAAACAAACAUAUCAAAAUUAAAGCAGUCAUUUCAACGACAUGGAAAUAUACCCAACACACUUGCAAUAUAUACAUACACAUAUGUACAUAUGUACACAUUAAAGUUUUGUUCUAAUUGCUAAGCGUAAAUUGUUACAAACAUUCAUCUUCUACUUGUCCGUAUGUAUUUAUAUUUUAUUAUAUAUUUUAUUAGAAUUUGUAUUAUCUUAUCAAUAUUAUAUUUUCUCUUUUUUAAUUAAAUGCGUAAAAAGCGCAAAAGUUUAUUUAACAGAUUUAUUUAAUUAAGUUUGUUAAAUUUCCAAAAUGCAAACCAUUGAUAUAUAAGUAGGUAUUCACCUCAAUUUAAAGACUAAUUGAGCCAUACUUGAAAAUUGCUAAUUUGUGUACUUUUGAAAUGAGUAAAAUCUAAGUUUUGUAUGCUUAGACCCAUUUGUAAAUACCUAUGAUCAUAAAUAUACAGUAUCUGCCCGUAUAAUGGGAAGACCAAGUAAUUAAAUUUUUUAUUAUAAUGCAAACAAUUUAGCUAAAAUAUGUAAUAAAUAAAAUAUAUAAACCAGCAAUGUUUGGUGAAGGGUUAACGAAACUGAAGAGUAACACUAUUGUGCUAUCAAUCAUUUGCUUUUCCAAUAUAAGAAAAUUAUAAAAUACAAGCGUAUUUAUUAACCCAAAGUAGUGUUCAACAAGUUAAGCGACAUACAUACAUGUAUGUUUGUGCUUAUCCGCAUAUCUUUGCAUCUUUUAAACUCGGUUCUCAUAGGCAAAAUAUGAAAAUUUGAUGUUGAUUAACAGAUGCGAUAGCAUAAAUACAUAUAAACGGAAAUAUGUUGAUAUAAAUAUUAUAUAUUUAAAAGAAAAUAUACUUUAUAAGUUUUAUGUUCUUCGAAAAAGAAGCAAUUACGCGAUAUGAAACAUUUCGAGCUAAGAAUUUUAUGUGCUGACAUGUUGAAAACAAAACACUACUGUAACUCCUAUCCAAGGUACAUAUGUAUGUACUACGAGCAAUUCGAAAAGCAUUGUUUGAAAACAUGUUUGCUCGCUUAUAAAGAUUUUGUUAUCUACAUAAAUAAUUGUUGCAAUUGCCUUUAAUUCUGUUAUAUUAUAAAUUAACUAAACUUUCGUAGCAAUCACAUGUAUGUGCAAAAUUAUAUGCUACUCUAAACAAUUAAAGACAUACUAUAAUAAUAUAAUAUUGUACAUGCAAUUUUUUAUUGUUGCAACAUCAAAACAACUAAAGACCCAUUUACAAAAAACUUUCCACGCUUUGCGUCACAGUACAUACUUAAACAACGAAGCACAGAAAACGUAGGCUAUGCCACAAUAAAAGCUUCACUUUCAGUGGCUUUCUCUAAUAAAAAUGGCGACUGUGGUUUGGAAAAGCGUAACAAGAUGAGAGUUGCUUGUUGCGUCGAAAAUGUUUUAUGAGAACGUACACCCAUAAAAUAAUGUAGUACAUCGAACUUUUCUGUCGAAACAAAUGUCCGACGCAAGGCGAAGCAAAAGUUCUAUGUGAAUUGGCCAUAAUAAAUCCUAUGAUAACUGUAUAUUUGCAUAUGUAUACUUUAUACACACUUCUAUAUUCAAGUCAAGCUUGAUUUGGCGAUGUGACAAAAUGAAAUGUUGCAACUCUUUAGGAGUCGGAUAAAGGAACUCCAAAAUCAUACGUAUUAAUGCUAACAUCAGAACUGUAAUAAAAUAUUCAAUUAUGUUUUUUUUUGUUAGUUUUAGUAUUAAAAGUUUAUGAAAAGGCUAAUUUACGUAAUCGCUUUCUUCAUAGCCAUAUUAACUGAGUUACUAUAAAAAAUGAAUUAUUGUUACAGAUUUAAAUUCAAAGCAUUUGCAACAAGACAAAAUGAAAAACAAUGAAUAUACAUAUACAUAUAUACAAUAAUGAAAUAUAUAGUACAUAUAUUAACGUUGCAAUUAUUGUUAUAUAAUGAUGAUAUUUAAUCUUUUAUAACAGGCAUACUCAUCUACAUUAACAAAGUACGCAUGCAAAAUUAAUAACUUGCUUCUGUAUAAUAUAAUAUGCUUAUUUGAUUUUGGCUCAACGAGUUGUAAUCUACAUACAUAUACUAAUGUAUACAUAUAAGUAUUUAAAGCUUAAGCGAUUUUUUCUCAAAAACAAAUACAUAUGUAUGCACAUUCAUGCAGCCGUAUGUAUGUACUUCAUUUUUACCUAUACUAUAUAUUUAAACGAACCUAUGGACGAAAUGUGAAUUAAACAUAUACAUAUGAAUAAUGUGAGGAUACUGGAUAAUAUUAAACAAUUUAAUUAUACUUACACAUAUAGUAAAAAAAUAAAAAAGCCUA